AAAAAGGAUUGGCAUCAUUGCAAUUUCAAGAAUAUAAAACACCCUUUUUUGAGUUUUUGUGGGGUGAAGCAAAGUAAUAGUCAUAGACUAUUUGCUCACUUUCUCUCUCAUCGCCUCACGACAUACCAAAAGAAAGAAGAGCUGUAUUCACAUGUAGUUGUUUGGCUGAUGGGGUCUCUUUAUGACCUGAAAAUUUAAUCAAAAAGGCUUUCUUUUUCCAUUUCUCUAACUCGCCAAAAGAGGAAAACAAAAUUUUCUCCUUUUUGUAACGCUCGCCGGAGGCCGGAGCUCAGAAUGGCCGGUGAUCAGGAAAUAUCUGCCCCAGUUAUCGAUGGGAACGAAGCAGCAGCUGGACACAUCAUAUCAACUACAAUCGGAGGCAAGAAUGGAGAACCAAAGCAGACCGUUAGUUACAUGGCGGAGCGCGUCGUAGGGACCGGAUCAUUCGGAACCGUUUUCCAGGCAAAAUGCAUAGAAAGUGGAGAAACGGUUGCGAUAAAAAAAGUAUUGCAAGACAAAAGAUACAAGAACCGUGAGUUGCAAUUAAUGCGUGCAAUGGAGCAUCCAAACCUUGUUACAUUAAAGCAUUGUUUCUAUUCGACUACAAGCAAAGAAGAGCUUUUUUUAAACCUUGUUAUGGAAUAUGUCCCCGAGACAAUUUCUAGGGUUUUAAAGCAUUAUAAUGAUCUACGCCAAAAUAUGCCUCUCGUUUAUGUCAAACUUUAUACGUAUCAAAUAUUUAGGGGGCUUGCUUACAUGCAUACGGUUGCAGGAGUAUGCCAUCGGGACUUGAAACCUCAAAAUGUUUUGGUUGAUCCUUUUACUCAUCAAGUCAAGAUUUGUGAUUUCGGAAGUGCAAAAAUGCUAGUGAGGGGAGAAGCAAAUAUUUCAUACAUUUGCUCACGUUUCUAUCGAGCACCAGAACUGAUUUUUGGUGCUACUGAAUACACCACCUCCAUUGAUAUUUGGUCAGCUGGUUGCAUUCUUGCUGAACUUCUUCUUGGACAGCCUCUAUUUCCAGGAGAAAAUGCUGUUGACCAGCUUGUAGAGAUCAUCAAGGUUUUGGGUACACCAACUCGAGAAGAAAUCAGAUGCAUGAAUCCAAACUACAAUGAUUUUAGGUUUCCUCAAAUAAAGGCUCACCCAUGGCACAAGGUUUUCCAUAAACGGAUGCCUCCAGAAGCAAUUGACCUUGCAUCUCGACUCCUACAGUACUCCCCAAGCCUUCGCUGCAAUGCUCUUGAAGCCAUGGCACAUCCGUUCUUUGAUGAGAUAAGACAGCCAAAUGCUCACUUACCAAAUGGUCGACCAUUGCCUCCUCUUUUUAACUUCAAACAAGAGUUGUCAGGGGCAUCUGUAGAGCUUGUCAACAGGUUGAUUCCUGAACAUGUGAGGAGGCAAAUGAAUUUACAAUUUCCACAGCCUUCAGGGUAAACAUAAUAUCAUAUUAUGGGAAAAGCCGAUUUCAGGAUUUGUGAAAAUGGGCGUAAAGGUCUUUUUACACAAGGGUAAAGUUUGAAGCCCAAAGAUCCAAAGUUUAUAUAGCUAGAAAUACAUGGAGACGAGAAGUGAAAGGUGUGGAGUUUUGGUUGUUUCUUGCUUGCCACUAUUGGGAGGCAUUAUACCCCACUCAUUUUGUAGGCAUACAAUAACAAUACUACUAGCACUAUGUUUUUUUUUUCUUUAAACUUGUUAUGUAAAUACCUCCAGAAACUGUAGGUGC